AUGGAAGAAACCUCGGAAUACAAUAGCGAUUCUGGCGACGAUUUGCCAAAUCUAAAUGAAAAGUCCGACCAGAAAGAUGGAUUAUCCGACAAGAAUAUCCCCAUUGUUAUAGUUAUUUCCACAACCUACCUGAGUUUGAGAAAUGGCAUGAAUUAA